UCUGCCACUUUUUCCACACUCUCCUCCUCCUCCUCCUCCUCUUUCUCUGUACUCGAAAAAACCCUUUUGUUUUUCUAUUCGUUCAAGGGUUUGAAUUCUUAUUGCACUCCCUCACUUCUUUAAUACCCAUAAAAUACUCAUAGAGUUUUUUAAUCUCCACAGUUAUCAAUUAACCAUACUUUAUAUUUUCCCUUGUUUUCUGCUCUAUCUUUAGCUCUUGUUCUUGUCUAUGGCUGGUUUAGAUUUAUCUUCUUCUUCUCACUUCCUCCACCACCUCCACCAUCCCAACACCACCAACAAUCAGUCCCAAACCCAAACCCAAACCCAAUUCUCCGGCGACAACGACGACAACACCCACCAAGGCCUCGACCUCAUCAGCACCACCAACACCUCAAAUUCCGGCGAUCUCACCGGUCGCCGCCCUAGAGGCCGACCACCGGGCUCCAAAAACAAGCCCAAACCACCGGUGAUUAUAACCCGAGAGAGCGCAAACACUCUCCGAGCACAUAUUUUAGAGAUUAGUAGUGGUUGCGAUGUGUUUGAAUCGGUGGCGGCGUACGCGAGGAAGCGGCAGCGAGGAAUUUGCGUGCUGAGCGGAAGCGGGACGGUGACCAACGUCACGCUCCGGCAGCCGCCUGCGGCGGCGGCGGGUGGCGGAGGAGCGAUCGUGACGUUGCACGGGCGGUUCGAGAUUUUGUCACUUUCGGGGUCUUUUCUGCCACCGCCGGCGCCACCGGGGGCCACCAGCUUGAGUAUAUAUUUGGCCGGGGGACAGGGUCAGGUGGUGGGAGGGAAUGUUGUCGGUGCUUUGAUUGCGGCUGGACCGGUUAUUGUGAUUGCUGCUUCGUUUACUAAUGUUGCUUAUGAGAGGUUGCCUUUGGAUGAAGAUGAGAUAGGUCAGCUUCAGCAUGAGAGCUCUGCGGGUGGUGGCGGCGGCGGCAGUGGUGGUGGGAUUGGAAACCCGUUUCCAGACCCGUCUUCGGGGUUACCCUUUUUGAAUAUGCCCAAUUCUUCUCAGUUACCGGUUGAGGGGUGGGCGGUGAACUCCGGUGGCCGGCCACCUUAUUGACCAUUUUAGGUCAGAAAAGGUCAGAUUGUCUUUCUUGAUCUUCGUCAGGGUUUUAAUUAUCAGCCGUUACAAAACUGAAUUUUCUCGUUUUGAUACCGUUAUUCACUAAUAUAGUGGCUGAAACUGUUUGAUAUCAGUUUAUAUAUGAUUGUAUCACUGAUAUUGAUAGAUAUCCCAAUACUGUUAUUUAAAACCCUACACCAUCAUCAUCUGUCUUGUACAAUCAGUUCUUCUUCAUUCUUCUGUUGAGCUUAGCUUUUUAAUUUGUGAAAAAAAUGAGAAUCCUCUUCUUGUUGCUCUCUUUGUUGAACUAAUGACUUUUGAUUUUAAUAGAAAAUGGUUUGAGGUUUAGUAUU